AUGAGGAUUUACCGCUGUGGCGUUCUAACUUUUGGUUUUAACAUUUAUUUUCCGAUCUUUUCUUUCAGAGCUUUCCAUGCGGGUGGCGAUCAGAAGGAUUCGCUCGCCCCCGCCUCCGUUCAGCCCAAAUACUCCUUCGCCCCCAGCGCCGCUAUCAACAAGAUGGCACGGCCGUUCACGCCGGGCGGCGGUAACACGGUCAUUAAACCAGUGGCGUACGCCCCUAAAGUUAACACCCCGGCCUCUGCGGCCCCCGCCAGCAUGCUACAGCCACACAACGGAGAGGAUCAGCCUUUGUAUGACCACCAGAAUUACCAACACGAGAAGCACGGUCUGCGGGUGGAUGGCAUCCCCAUGUUCAUCCCCAACGACCGCAGCAAGAAGAGGCUGAUCGAGGACACUCAGGAUUGGCAGCCCCGCACAGGCACCACCCAGUCCCGCUCCUUCCGUAUGCUGGCUCAGCUCACAGGCACCGACUACAUGCAGGACCCAGACGAUGAGACAAUGAAGAGGGCCAGGGAAAAGUUCCUUACGGAGAGAUUCAGAAGCCCACCCACGACAACACGCCCCCCCCCAGACGACACACGCCCCCUCCCAGACGACAACACGGGCCCCUCCCCAGACGACAAACACGCCCCUCCCCAGACGACAACACGCCCCCCCAGACGACAACACGCCCCCCCCCAGACACAACACGCCCCCCAGACAGACACACAGUACACUCCCCCCCCCCAGACACAACACGCCCCCGCCCCAGACGACAAACACACCGCCACCCCCCCCCAGAACAACACGCCCCCCCCCCAGACGACAAACCGCCCCCCCAGACGACAACACGCCCCCCAGACGACAACACGCCCCUCCCCAGACGACAACACGCCCUCCCGACACAACCGCCCCUCCCCAGACGACAACACGCCCCCCCCCCAGACACAACACGCCCCCCCCCCAGACGACAACCGCCCCCCCCGAGACGACAAACACGCCCCCCCCCCCCAGACGACAACACACCCCUCCCCAUACGAAACACGCCCCCCCCCCAGACGACAACACGCCCCCUCCCCACACCUGUUCCUAAGGAAGUGUGUGUUUCUUCCCAGCAUCAAGGCGUCUCGGUCACCUGCUAAGGCCCAGACCCAGACAGCCGACAAACCUGACGCCUCUAAGGCUCCAGUCAACUCUGGUCCUAAGGUGCGUCCUCCGUGGGUGACUGACCCAGGUUUCGCUGACCGUUACGCCCCAGACAAGACUAGUACGGUUCUGACCCAGCACAGGCAGCCGGCCCAGCCUACGCCCAUGCAGAACCGCUCCUCUAUCCUACAGGCAGCUCAGCAGGCACCCGAGGACAGUGGAAGGACCCCUCUCUGUGGAGCCUGCAAAAAGAUCAUUAGGUUGGAACCAUAUGAUUAUAUUGCCCCCUGUCUGUUAGAUUAA